AGUUGUAAAAUAAAUGUCAAAGAACAUUGUGGAUAAAUUUUUAUUUCAGAUUAAAGAAAAAAGUUUUAAAGUGCAAGUCAGCAUGAACUUGACUUCGUUUUUAAUUUUAUUUUUCUCAAGUUUUCUUAAAGUUUUGUGUGAAAGUGAAGAAACUAUUUUUAUAGACGAUCAGACGCCCGAAAUAUUAUCAAAUAUCGAUGCAUCAUGUAAAAGCCUUUUAUAUCUCCACACAAACAAAAUCGAUGCUGAAACACUCAUAAAAGCUGAUAAUCAAGGUGUACGAAUGGGUGUUGCUUCUAAACAUUGUGAUAACGCAAGAAGAAACAUCUCAGUUGAUUUUGAUCCGAAAAAUCCAAGUGAAGUGGAAAUGCACACAAAAUGCCUAACAAGUGAACCUUGUGGUCCGAACACUUCAGUCGAGCCAAUUUUGACCUUAAUGAAUCUCCCGAAACGUUAUUUUCCUAUACAUAAAUGUAUGAAUAUUCAGAUAAAUUAUGUUGAAAAGAUCCCAACCAUUGGACCGCAUAGACCAUUAUGGGCGAGAUAUGGCGAGUAUAGUUACGUUCCAGUACAACGUUGGCUACACAAUGUUGAACAUGGAGCAAUUAUUGGCAUUUAUCAUCCAUGUGCAGAUGACGAUCAAGUCUCUCAACUGAAGACAUUAAUAAAGCGAUGUUUAUUCCGUCAUGUGAUAACGCCAUUCCUCAACUUAACAUGUGAUCGUCCAAUUGCGUUGAUUGGAUGGGCGGCAUCAUUAGAAAUGUCUUACUUUGAUUACGAUUUAGCAAAGAAUUUUAUAAAAUGCUUUGCGAAAACUGGGCCAGAACGGAAUUUCCGUGAUGGACAAUAUCAUCAUUUACUCAUAGAGAAUGCUAAACAUGUUACAAAUGUGAUCGAUCAUGAAGUGUGCCCCGACAUCCCAGCAUGGGAAAUUUCAAAAGAAACCUGAGAUCGAUGUGAAUGUUUCAAUAAUUUUUC